CUAGAUGACGAAACCACAGCGUCUGCCCCUCUCAAGAUGGCGCUGCACCUGGUGCGGAAGGCAUGCGGUUGUCGCAGAUUCAUUCGGGCAUUUCAUGGCGGAAUCAGCGCAGAUCCCGUCCCCCAGAAUAAUGGCAUACAUCGGAUAUUCUCUGGCAUCCAGCCCACAGGGAUCCCUCAUCUGGGGAAUUACCUGGGUGCCAUUGAGAGCUGGGUGAGUCUACAAGAAAAAUGCAGCUCUGUCCUGUUCAGCAUUGUGGAUCUCCAUUCCAUCACUGUUCCCCAAGAUCCAGCUGUUCUUCACCAAAGCAUCUUAGACAUAACUGCUGUCCUUCUUGCCUGUGGCAUAAACCCAGAAAAAAGCAUUCUUUUUCAACAGUCUCAGGUGCCAGAGCACUCUGAAUUAGGUUGGAUCUUUGGAUGUCUGGUCAGAAUGUCAUGGUUACAAAAUUUACCCCAGUGGAAGAGGAAAAAUGCUAGCCUGAAACAAGAGGGCACAGUGGGUCUCUUCACAUAUCCUGUACUUCAAGCUGCAGACAUUCUGUUAUACAAGUCCACACACGUCCCUGUUGGGGAAGAUCAAGUCACACAUAUGGAACUGGCCCGAGAUCUAGCACAACGUUUUAACAAGAAGUAUGGGGAGUUCUUUCCAGUGCCCACAUCCCUUUUGACAACUAUGAAGAGGGUAAAAUCACUCCGUGAUCCUUCGGCCAAGAUGUCAAAAUCGGACCCUGACAAGCUGGCCACCGUUAGAGUAACAGACAGUCCAGAAGAGAUCAUGAUGAAAUUCCGGAAAGCUGUCACAGACUUUACCUCAGAGGUGACCUACGAUCCAUCCACCCGAUUGGGGGUCUCCAACAUGGUUGACAUUCAUGCCGCAGUGACGGGUCUCACGAUAGAAGAAGUUAUCCGCCAGAGCGUCGGCCUUGACACGGCUCAAUACAAAGUUGUGGUGGCCGAGGCUGUGAUUCAAAAAUUUGCACCAAUUAAGAAUGAGAUUGAGAGACUAAAGAUGGACGAAGGCUACUUGAGAAAGGUUUUACAGGUUGGGACAGAAAAAGCCAAAGAACUAGCAAAGCCUGUGUGCCAAGAAGUCAAGAAAUUGGUAGGUUUUUGAAAGGACCAUAGUCAAAUAAUCAUGAAUAUCUCUAAACAAGGCAGCUGACCUCAUACCCAAAAGACUGGAUUGUUUGUUACCCUUUCCUUGGACCAUACCUGCUGACUUCAGGAGAGCAAGAUUUUGUGACCUGAAAUAAUUAUCAUUUUUUCAAAUCUCACAAAAUUUUUCCAACAGAAAAAAAGAAAAGCAACAAGCAUGGUUAAAUACUCAAAAAUUCCAUGCUUUUUUUUUUCCCCCCAGAGUCAAUCCUACAGGCUUGUAGGAUUUUUCCCUUGUCAACUUCCUUCUGGUUCAUUUUACAAAAGCAAUUUUGAAUUUAUCAGAAUAUAUUCUCAUCCUGGCCUGUUCUGUGAGGGUAGAGAGCAAGGGUUUGGAAGGUAGAAGAAUCACUUGGAUAGUUAGGGAGCAGAGAAGGAGAGUGAAUAAGCAUUUAUAUAGCACCUACCAUGUGCCAGACCCUGGUCUAAGAGCUCUAUAAGUGUAUAAGUAUUAUCUCAUUUGAUCCUCUCACAACAGUCCUGUGAGGUGUAGGCAUCAUUAUUAGCCUCAUUUUACAAUUGAAGAAAUUGAGGCAAACAGAGCCCAAGUAUCCUGCCCAGGGUCACUCAGCUGGUAAGUGUCUUAGACUGGAUUUGAACUCAGGCCAUCCUAACUCAAGGUACAAAGCUCUAUCCACUUGACCACCUCCCUCCCUGCCUAUAUUGGGGCAUGAUGGUAUCCCGGAAAGAAUGCCACAUCUGGAGUCAGAGGACCUGGGUUCAGAUUCUGAUAUUCCACAUAGUAUCAUAAGGGGUGACUUUUGUGGAUGUUCUCUCAAUUUCUUCAUCAAUUAAAUGAAAGGUUUGGGAGAGAUGACCACUAAUGUUUCUUCCAGCUCUAUCCAUAAUCCUAAAAUAAUCAAGGCUAUUGAUUUUCCUUACCCUAUCCCUGCCCCUAACCAAAACAAACCUAUGCUAAUAUGUUCCCUAAUUUUUAUUAGUAGACACAUUAUCCUUCUCACAACCCUGUGAAGUAGGUGUUUAAAGAGGGAUGAUUUCAAACUGUAAGUCAUUUAGCUUAUUUCUGACCUCCCACACUGGGACUCUCAGAGAACUACACCAUUUAAUCUGCUGAAGAAGUCACUUCAGUCUUAAUUGUGAAGAGCCCAGGAAGUCAGAAUCUGCUCUUAAUAAGUAAUGUCUUGCAUUUAUGUGAUGUCAUUUUGUAAAAAUGGACUUGAAUCCAGGACUUCAAUCCCCAGAAUUCCUUGCUCCACUUUCCCAGAAUGCUUUGUAAUAUCACUGAAUUCUCACCUGGGCCGAGAUCGAGAAGGGGUAUUUAACCUGAUUGGAAAGGCGUUUGCGAGGCCUUUUCCUGUUUCCGCUUGCAAGCAGACACGGCUCUUUUCAUAAUGUAGGUGAGGUGGUCUAGGCCCCUGGGCCUAGACACGUGCUUUCUUAUCCUGUAUUUUCUUUAAUCCUUAAUCUUCAAUAAACCUCUAAAAAUAUAAUACUCCUUGCAGAGAGAAACUAAUUUCUACCUCUAUCAGCUUCCCAAAAUUUUAAUCUUUACAAUUUUAUCCUCAUAAUACCUGGAACGAGCCCCUAACCUUCCUCUCAUUCCAUGCACAGAAUGUGGUAUGGCAAUGGUAACAGAUCUGUGCCCCAAAGGUUCUGUUGAGAAAGGUUUCUGUAGUCUUGAAACUGUAUUCCUUCAAGAACUUCACCUCCAAUCUUAUGGAGUUUAUUGAAACCAGAUUAAAAGCUCCAGUCUUCUCAA